AUGCUGCAAGGGAAGAUAAAAAAGUUCAAGCUACCCAUUAAUAAUAACAUCGACAAUUUUUUAAAGGACAUAAGCUUAAAAAAAAAUGAGUAUGUGUAUGGGUGUGGGGCGGAAGAUAUAGAAAAUGUAAAUCUGAAGGCCGAGUGCAUAAUUAAUUAUUUCAGUUUCAUCAACGACAGUUAUAGCAAUCUGUUACUUCUGUUGUGUCAAGAAGGAUUUGACACUGUGCUGAAUUACAUACGCAUAAGUGACAAUUUAAACGAUGGAGAACAGGAGAAGAUAUUCGGCUGUCUAACUAUUUUAAUUGAAAAAAGUGUAGACGUUUUUAAAAACUAUUUUAAAUGUGUAGAAAAAUAUCACCAAAAAAAUGGGCAUUGUGAUAAUGGAGUGGAAAAGUUACAAUUUAUUCUAAACGAAAAUAAUAACAUCAUGAAUAUGAUCAUUCAAUGCUUGGAAGAUAAUUACAAAGAGUAUUCUGUGAAUGAAAAGAGGAAAAAAAAAUUUACCUUUUUCGAGAUCCACGAAAUUUUAAUCUCCUACUUUAAUGCGCUCACAUUUAUUUACUUAAAUCUGUUUAAUUGUUAUUAUAACCAUAAUUUUUGUAAGCAGCAGAAUGCCGAGAUGGUGGUUGUUAAUGUUCAGAGAGGGAGGAAAAAACUGAAAAAGGAAAACGAUGAAGAAACAAAUGUCGCUUUGAAAAAUAUGAAUUGUCUUUUGAACAACAUCAUUUUAUUGGUAAGCAACAUCAAAUUUGACAUUUUAUAUGAUCAGGUAAACAUCCCUGUGGUGGAUUUAUAUCUCCAGUUUUUUCUAAAUAUCUACACAAUUAACCAGGAAAAUAACAACAUGUUUAACAUGAGUACGUAUCAUGAUCACAUCUCGAUGAUUAUUGGGACCCUGCUGAAGAUGUACAUUAAGGAAGAGAAGGUACGGGGUGGGGGUGGUACUCUGUCCAGUAGGGGCAACACGAACAAGGAGAGCGAUAAAAGUGAGGGAAAAAAAAGCGGUGCUGCGGGGUGGAGACACAGGGGAGAUUUCAGUGAGGGAUUGAGUGAAGAUAGUGGGGAUGGUAAUAAUGACAAUAACGGAGGUGACAGUAGUGCCGAUCAGGGUGGUACCCCAGUUGAGGAGACGCGGAAGGAUCCCCCCAAAGAAGAAGACAACAAGAGCGAAAAGUCAGUGGGAGAAAAAUUCUAUUCCUUCUCCUUUACGUACAUUUUUUUAAACAACUGCAAAAAGUGCACCAGCGUGAAUAUCUGUGAUGCCCUGCUAAGGGUGAAGAACACGGACAUUCCGGCAAUCAUUAUAAAGGAGUUUAUCGAUUACGUAAAGGAAAAUUCGCUGCUCUAUUUAAACCUGAGCGUACAAACACAUGCACAAAAUGAAAUAUUAAAUGUACUGAAUUUUUUGGAGUACUUAUCGAAAAAUUUAAGUUUCCAUAUGCUGUCAUUUUUGAAAGACUUGACGGACAUGCUGGGCAUUGAUAUUUAUUACAUUAGAAAAUCCAUUUUCGAGAUAUUUAAAAAUUUUAUAACUUUAGCCAAGGCUAGUGAGGAAGUGAACGAGAGGGGGAUCACCGACAGGGAUGGAGAGGAUGGGCAUGCCACUCGUAGUGAAAGGUUUAAGAUGAACAUGGAUACAGGGGAGUUGGAACAGGAAGACGGAGAGGGAGAAGAGGAUGAUGUAGAGGGAGAAGAAGAUGAUGUGGAGGGAGAAGAAGAUGAUGUAGAGGGAGAAGAAGAUGAUGGGGUGGGGGAAGCUGGAGGACCCGAUGGAGAGGACGAAUCGGAGGAGACAGACCAGAACGACGAUAGCAGCGAUUUUUUCUCUCAAGGUAAUGAUGAUGAGAGCCAGUCGUCCGAUGAGGAAUUUAAAAAAGGGAACGGAUUUAGGAAGAAGAAAGUAAACGCGAGAAGAAACAACAAACGUGUUAGCAGGAAAAACGAGAAUAAUGAGUGCUUAAAAAACAGAGCCUUUGUUAUGAACGUGUUGAUGUCGAGGCAGCAUGAUUCGAAGCUGCAUGUGCGAUGCCAUUUGUUAAAAAUCUUGCAGGAGUUAAUCGAAAAUAAUUUCAUUCCUCUCAACUAUUACAAUAACUUGUGUUUGAUAUGCAGUGAGCGGAUAAAUGACAAGUCUCCACUGGUGAGGCAGAGGGCCUUUUCUCUCCUUUCGUGCAUAGCGAGUGACGUGGUGAAGAAUAAAUAUGUCAUCCCGUUGAACACGAGUAGGAUAAAGAGGGAGCUGGCGAACCUGAGUAGGAGGAAAGAGGCGAUGAUGAGGAAGGAGCUAUCCAGUGGGACGGGAAAGAAGAGAGUUAAUCUAUCAGACAGUGAUAGCAGUGAUGGGGGAGGGAGCGACAUAAUGGAUCAAGGCCAAGUAAACGGAAAAGUGAAAAAUGGUAGUAACCACAACGUAUCCACUCGAGUGAACAACCAUGAGAACAUAAAGAAGAAUCACCAGAAUAAGUAUGACUUGUUGAUAAAAAUGUACAACGAAGUUUUAUUCAUUUCAAUUAUUGUUGAUGAUUGUGUGGAACUCUGUUUUAGACUGUUAUAUUCCGUGGUGGAGACGGACCAAAAGAGUGCCAUCCGAUUUAUUAUACUAGCACAUAUGUGCGGAAAUAAAAAAGCAGAGGAACAAAUGAACAAAGUAUGGUCUCUAAUUUUUAGCAACAACUCAAGCAUAGUAGAAAUUAUUAUCAAUGAAUUUGUAAAUGUAAAUAUAACUUGUGAUGAUUAUCGAAUUAGUGCCUUUCGAUUAAUUAAUGUAUCUCUUAAUAGUAAGUUGAAGGAUCUCUCAUGUUUAGAAAAGAUAAUGGAGUGUCUGUUAAUGCAGGAGAAGUGCAGUGUAAGUGUUACCAAAUUGCUGGAUGAAUUAUUUAACAUAAUUUUUGUGGAUACGUUUAGUGAGAACAAAAAUUUGAUCAUCAAGGAAGGGGCUCUCCUGCUUAUGAAGAUACUCUGCUAUUCUAUCCACACGGUUAAUUUAAAAAAAGGGAAAAAAGAACACCACUUUGUUUUUAGCAACAAAAGGAAGCAUCUCAUUUUGGUAUUCAUCAAUCAGUACAAGGAAAAUCUGCAUUUUAUAAAUUUGUUAAUUUUAAUUUUGAGGUAUAAUAAGACGAAUAAAAUUGUCCAGAAUUUACUCAUCAUUUUGUUUAACCUAGUUUUUGAUCAUAUGUCUGAUGGGAAGGGGGAGAAAAAUGGAGAGAAUUUUUCUUCUAAUGAGAUGAGUCCCCGGGCAUCCACCCUGGGGAAGAGUAAAAAGGGGCGUGCCAGCAUUAACGGUGUUGUUGUGAACAUGAAGAAUGGAGGAACUCCCGAACUGAUCGAUUGCUUCCCCCUGCACGAUGACAGAAAUGUGUGGUUCAAGUGUUGUCAAUCCAUUGUGGAAAGCAUGUACGAACACUUUGAUGACUUCCUUGGCAUCUUUGCGAUGAAGAUGAAGAGCAUGCUUAAUGCCAUCCUGUGUGGUGGAAACAAAAGUGCGAAUGAUGAUUUGACUGAGAGCAGAGGGAGAGACAGCUCGGCGUGUAGAUUACGCAGCAAGGGGGUGGACGAGGUGGAAGAGAGCGCAGUAGAUAAAUCCAACAAGGUGUCCUGCUUCAUGCUAACCAAAUUUAUAUUCGUGGCAGGCCACCUAGGGUUAUAUACCUACAUAUAUGCAGAAAAGAUACAAAACAAUUUAAAAAAAAUCGCAUCGAAAAGUGACAGUAAUUAUGGAAUGUGCACAAAGGAAGAAAAGGAUAGAGAAUAUUUCGACUACGUGGUUGAAAAUAUGAUUGUAUGUAAUAAUUUGUUGGGCAAAAAAAUUAUGCCUUUAAUAUUUUUAAUUUUGAGUAACCCAGAGAGUUUUUUUAAUGACUGUGUAGUUAGGGGUGAAGCGGACAUGGGGAAAAAGUGGCCUCUUAAAAGUGGUAGUUCCGGUCUGUUUAAGGAUGGCGAUAAUGUGAAGGGGAAUAUCUACAUGCAUUAUGAGAUGUAUUUACUCGUCCUGGUUUGUCUCCUAACCCUGUGCAAGUUUUGCAUAAUUUCGCAAAAGUUUUGCCAGAGCGUCGUGAGAGAUCACGUGUCGAUUAUACAACUCAUUGUAUCCAUCAUAACGGAGGAGGGGAACUCCAUUUUUGAGUUGAAAACGGAGAUGUUGCUGGGAAGAGGGGGUAUCCCGUCCAAUGGAGACGACGCGGGGAGCGACCGCAUGCUGAGCGACGACAGCGACGGUGGUGGGAGUGGCGGCAAUGGUGGCAAUGGCGGCAAUGGCGGCAGUGGCGUGGCCCAUUUUGUGGAGUCCUCCUCUGGCAGGGGCAGAAGGAAGAGGGGAGAAGCCAAAAAGGAAGACAACCAUUUGUGCAUCGAAAAUGAGAAAGUGGAAGGAUUUGCCUCCCAGGAGGAGGGGGACAAUCAAGACGACCCGUGGAAUCUCUUUCGAAGCAGAAUCAUGUUCAGGACGAUCUCAAACAUACGAAAAAUGCUCCUAAUCAGUUACGCCGAUUUGUUAUAUAGGCACCCAAACUUAUUGGAGCCGUACAACAAGUACAUUUUUAAAGUUCUCAAUGAUAAGGACAUAAACCUGAGAAGGACAGCCGUCUCUGUCUUUACGCACCUUUUCAUGACGGACACGGUGAAGGCCAAAAAUAUUUUGCUUGUCCAUAUGAUGUACUUAACCAUCGAUAAGGAUGACAAAAUAUCGAGUGGGUCCAAAUCGUUCUUCUAUGAAUUAGACAGAAAGUCACAUGUGACACUGGUUAACAAUAUAUGUGACAUGAUUUCCGUCUUGGCGAAAAAUGAAAAAAAACUCAAGUACGAAAUGAAUAAAGAAAUCGAAGAAUUUCUUCUCAGCUUUAUUAAAAAGAGUAAAUAUAACGAAACGUUGGUCGAGAAAAUUUUUAAAAAAAUGAAAGAAGUCAAUAUUAACAAAACGGACGCGCUGAAAUUGUACAUGCAGGUCUUCCUAAACAUACAAAUUGAUGAGAAGGUACUGAGCAAAAUGAAUAAAUGCUUUCCUCUAAUCAGAUAUAUUAUAAGAGAGAAUCAGUACAUUCAAGAUAGCUUUAUUCAUAUAUGUAAAAAGGCCACGGAGAAAAAAAGGGGAAGACCGGCAGAGGAAGGGCAACACCAACAGCAGCAACAACAGCAGCAGCAGUUGAACGCGUCCAAUAAUGAAAAGGGAAAUAACGAACGGGUCGAAAAUGACAAAUUGGAAAAUAAAAUGAGGGAACUGGCUGAAGAUAUUCUAGGCAAAAUCGAAUCCACCACAAAUAAAUCCAAGAACGUUUCGAACGCUCAUGGCAGUGCAACAAAUGUUGUUUUGAAGGAAUCGAGAAGUAAGGAUGAUGACGAUGUGGUUAGAAAUGACGAGGAACUGAGCAUGAGCAGAAAUGAGGAGGGUGACACUUAG